AUCACAGGACGGCGGGUCCACUGCCCAGGAGAGGACGGCGCCCCAUUGCGUGCUGGGAGCACUCAGAGGGAAGUGGAAGACAAGGCUGGCGGGUACAUGAGCCAGAUUAAUCACAUCCUGUGCUGAAGAUGUUUCCAGAACAACAAAAAGAGGAAUUUGUAAGUGUCUGGGUCCGAGAUCCUAGGAUUCAGAAGGAAGACUUUUGGCAUUCUUAUAUCGACUAUGAGAUAUGCAUUCAUACUAAUAGCAUGUGUUUUACAAUGAAAACAUCCUGCGUACGAAGAAGAUACAGAGAAUUUGUGUGGCUGAGACAGAGACUGCAGAGUAAUGCAUUGCUAGUGCAACUGCCAGAACUUCCAUCUAAAAACCUAUUUUUCAACAUGAACAAUCGCCAGCACGUUGAUCAGCGUCGUCAGGGUUUGGAAGAUUUCCUCAGAAAGGUCCUACAGAACGCACUUUUGCUUUCAGAUAGCAGCCUUCACCUCCAGCUUAAACAAAUGGUUUCUGGAAACAAAUAGUUUGUUUUCAUUAUUAUUGUGUCAUUAGAAUUACAGGUUAAUGAUUUAUUUUCUGACCAGAUAUGUAAUUUCUUAUCACUACAUAACUUUCAUGAUCAGCAACGGCGUCUUACUACUUAAGUCAGAGGAAGGAUCUUAUACAAAUUACCAAAUUUAAUUUCACCAAUAAACAUUCCCAUCAUUUUGAAAAGGAUGUCAACUUGCCAAUUUCAGAGUUCAUUAUUCAUUUUUAAAAAGGCUUUUCUUUUUAGGCACCUAGCUGAAGGUUGAUAUUUUCAUAAAAUGUCUGAAGGUACAUGUGUGACCCAAAGAUAAAAUGCCUUAGAUAAACUACUUUGAACUUCAAAUUUCAGAUGAGGCAGCAUUUUUGUGAGAUAAUGACCCAGGUUUCUUCUUGAUUGAAUAGUACAAAAUAUCUCUAUGAAUCUAAGGAGAAGAUAUUUUCACAUCGGGGGUAACUUGUUGCUUUUAUGUUACCCACACUAAGUAGAUGGGAACAAAGGCUGCUACAAAAGGCAGCCUUUUUAUUUUAACUGAAAGUUUAAAAGUUAUUAUAGUACUAGAAAGUAUUCAAAAUGCUUGCUUUAAAGAACAACAUAAAGCAGAAAACUAAAAUCCAACAAAAAUUAAUUUAAAUUGAGAAUGAUUUAAUUCCUUCUCUUUUGAUCUAAAACAUUAUUAAACUUUUGUAAAAUGUUGAUUUAACAUGCCUUAUAUUCUAUUUUAUCAUCUAAUUUAACGCACGGGAAACAAAAAACAAUUAGAAGUUAUUUUGUAACACACAAAGUUUGCAGUGAAGCAUCAGAGCCGUGUCCAGCUCCUCACCAACACGAAUUUGAACUCACACUAUUUUUGUUUCACAGUUUGAAAAGCAUAUAUUGUGCCACCAGUUGUCAUAUUAUUUUUAAAUGAUGUAACACAGCCAUCAAAUUAAGUAAUGCCUAAUGUUUGGGAUGUAAACUUAAUGUGCUCAUUGUUUUCAGAUUAAACAAGUAAAAAAAUCAA